AUGGCACCGUCGGGCUCGCGUAGUAUCAAGCGGGGCUGUCAGAGAGUUUUGUACUGGAUCCCGGUCCUCUUCAUCGCCCUCAUAGUGGCUUGGUCAUACUACGCCUAUGUUUUGCAGCUUUGCAUGGAGUCCAUCGAAGACACGGGACAAAAGGUCAUGUACUUGCUGGUGUAUCAUGCCAUUUUCAUCAUGUUUGUGUGGGCGUACUGGCAAACCAUCUUCACCCAGCCCAUGAACCCCUUGAAGGAGUUUCACCUGUCCUACUCUGACAAGGAGCUGCUGGAGCGUGAAGAUCGGGGAGAGUCCCAGCAGGAGAUCCUGAGGAGGAUAGCCAAGGAUCUGCCCAUAUACACCCGCACCAACUCUGGAGCAAUCCGUUUCUGUGACCGCUGCCAGCUGCUGAAGCCUGAUCGAUGUCACCAUUGUUCAGUCUGCGAUAAGUGCAUCCUGAAAAUGGAUCACCACUGCCCCUGGGUGAACAACUGUGUGGGAUUCUCCAACUACAAAUGCUUCAUGCUGUUCUUGGCAUAUUCGCUACUCUACUGCCUUUUCAUAACUGCUACAGAUCUUCAGUACUUCAUUAAAUUUUGGACGGCUGGAGGAAGAGCACAUUUCCGUCUGAGAGAAUACCUGAACGGCCUCCCAGACACGCAGGCAAAGUUCCACAUCCUGUUCCUCUUCUUCUCGGCAUCCAUGUUCUCAAUCAGCCUCGCCUCUCUUUUCACCUAUCACUGCUGGCUCAUCUGCAAGAACAGAUCCACUCUUGAGGCUGUACGUGCCCCGGUGUUUCGUCACGGCACAGAUAAGAACGGUUUCAGUCUGGGCUUCAGUAAGAACUUCCGCCAGGUCUUUGGUGAUGAAGCUAAAUAUUGGCCGAUUCCCAUUUUCUCCAGUUUAGGUGACGGUUGCUCAUUCCCAUCCUGUCUGGUGAAUCUGGACCCUGAGCAGCCCUCCUCACCCACUGGCUCCAACCCUGCCAACAAGGCUGCAGCAGAGGGCCGCCAGUUCCCAUCCAAGCCGCUGAGAGAGAGUCAGAGUCGACUGCUCACCAGCACCCCCUCCUGGACAGAGAGCGACAGUGCAACAGACAAGGACAAGAAAGGUGCCAGCAACCCAGGGAUGACCAUAGAAAAUGAGGCAUAACCGGAGUAAG